AUGAUGCUGAUCGAAUGCAUUAUUGUAGGCGGAAACACAUUAUUUAAAUCGGCAACUUCUCAAGAGAUAAAUUCAUACGUUUUCACCACUUAUGUCUUCCUUGUCGGCUUCCUUUUCCUCUUGCCUUGUCCAUUCAUCGUCCGCAGAAAAUCAAGCAUCCCGCCACUGAAGUUCGCCAUUGUUGCCAAGCUUUUCCUUCUUAGCUUGAUUGGAUACAUGUCUCAGAUAUUUGGAUAUGUUGGUAUCAAGUACAGUUCUCCAACACUUUCUUCAGUUAUGAGCAAUCUGGCACCUGCUUUCACCUUCAUUCUUGCAUUCUUCUUCAGGGUGGAACAACUGAAUUUGCGAAGCUAUAGCAGCCAAGCAAAAAUUGUGGGAACUGUAGUGUCAAUAUCUGGUGCACUGGUAGCAACACUGUAUAAUGGCCCAUCAGUUACCAUGUUAUCUGAUUCAUCAAGCUUAUAUUGGAUUAUUGGUGGAAUUUUACUUGCAAGUCAAAAUUUCCUACUUUCAUUUGUUUUGGUUUCUCAGGCACAAAUCAUGAUCCUGUAUCCAGUGGAACUAAUGGUUGUUUUCAUCUUUGGGUUAAGUGGAAUGAUUGUAGCAGCCUUUGCAGGGUUGAUUAUGGUGAGAGAUUUGGAUGCAUGGAAACUAAAACCUGAUAAGAUGCUGGCUUCUAUAAUUUACAUGGGGAUCUCUACUGGAUUUUUAAGUGGUUUGAUUCAAGUAUGGGCUUUGAGAUUGAAAGGACCUGUGUAUGUAGCCAUGUUCAAGCCAUUGUCGAUUGUGAUUGCAGUUGCUAUGGGUGUCAUAUUCCUUGGUGAUUCACUCCAUCUCGGAAGUGUUGUUGGGGGCCUAAUUAUAUCAUUAGGGUUCUAUGCUGUUCUAUGGGGAAAAGCAAAAGAAGAUGGUGGUGUUCAUUACAAUGAAGCAUCAUCAUCUCCCCAAACCAGCCCUCUGCUGCAAGAACAUGCUCUCGAAGAGGGGAAAUAA